AAAGGGCCCCCAAGGAGAAGGGCCUGGGCCAAGCCCAGCCUGUCACUCGGGCCACGGCAGAGUGGGAGAUAAGCAAAGGCAGCGGCUCGGAGAGAGCCUGGUCCUGUGGGCUCCCUGAGCAGCCCAGGCGAUCCUUAGCUAGAGAACAAUGAACUUCCAGAUGCCUCUGCCCAAGUGAAAACCAGAGGUCUGUGGCUCUUCCACUUCCUCACCCCUGCGAGCCUUCAUCAGGAUGUCAGGAGCCCCCAAGGAGAGUUUGGGGGCCCAAGGGCUGCCAGGGUUGGGCAAAGCCUGCUUAACCACCAUGGACAGAAAGCUUAACGUGCUGAAUGAGAAGGUUGACCAGCUCUUACAUUUCCAAGAAGAUGUCACGGAGAAACUGCAGUGUGUGUGCCAAGGCAUGGGCCACCUGGAGCAGGGCCUGCAUCGGCUGGAGGCCUCCCGGGUUAUGGGCCCGGCUGGGGCCGACUCCUCUCCCUCAGCUGACGCGCAGGCCGGGUGGCCAGAGGUCCUGGAGCUGGUGAGGGCGGUGCGGCAGGAGGGUGCCCAGCACGGUGCCCGGCUCGAAGCCCUCUUCCGGAUGGUGGUGGCUGUGGACAAGGCCAUAGCUUUGGUGGGGGCCGUGUUCCAGAACUCAAAGGUGGUGGAUUUCCUCAUGCACGGGAGUGUCCCCUGGAGGAAGGGAAGCCUGGUCGACAGCCCUGCGGAGAACAGAGAGCGAGUGGAAGAGAAAGGAGCCAAACCAAAGCACACGCUGAGCACCAGAGGUGUACAAGCUGAGCUCAGGGCGCCUUGGGAAGAGACCGAGAAGGUGGGCCUGCCAGAGGGGACAGUGGAGAGGCUGCCCCCCAUCAAUGCUUCGGGGAUAGGACCUGACCUCCUCACCCAGGCAGAAUCCUCACUGGGGCAGGGAGAAGGAGUUCCUGGCCCAGCACAGGUGCUCCCAGCGGUGGAAGCCAGAGCUCCUGGGGCAUCCUGCGAGAAGUCCGGGACUGGCCUGGAAUUAUCUGCGGUACCUGACAGGGUCAGUGAGGCCCCCACCAGCCAGAAGGCUGCACCGGGUGCAGGACAAGGAAUAUCGUCCAGUAGGCCUGACCCUCGGCCCUCAGAGGAGGGCAUGAGGCUGACUCCAGGGCCACCAGCCCAGGCCAAGGCAGCUCACAGUGGUGGAGAAGCACCUCCAAGGAUCUCCAUCCACGUGCAGGAGACAGAUACUCCUGGGGAACUGCUUGUGACACGAGGGGGCAGCCUCAGAUACCCCCCCUCUACAGAGCCUCUAGGAGCUGCCCAUCCAGGUGAGAAAGACCCACCUGGGCCCAGGUGCUGUCCCCAGGCCCCUGGGACUGAGUCGGGAGAACAUAUCCCCAAAGGAGCCAGUGCAUUUUCCCCACUGCGGAGGCGGAGCAGUGGCGGGGGAGCAAAGGCCAAGGAGAAGCAGGGGCCUGGGGCUGCUCCCUCUGCUGUGGCACUGAGCAGUCCCAGGAAGGGCAAGGGUGCCGAUGCCGGGGCCCCAGGCCCGCCGCAGGACACAGACCCAGGAACAGCAAACCCUGAGCCUGAGAAGGACUGCACAGCCGGCGACACAGGCGGAACAGAAGCAGGAAGGAGGACGCCCCCGGGAGCAGAGGCUGGCAGCCUGGUUCUGGAUGACAGUCCGGCCCCGCCAGCCCCUUUCGAACACCGGGUGGUGAGUGUCAAGGAGACCUCGACCUCAGCAGGCUACGCAGUGUGCCAGCACGAAGUCCUGGGAGGGGGCCGAUUUGGCCAGGUCCACAGAUGCACAGAGAAGGCCACAGGCCUCUCGCUGGCGGCCAAGAUCAUCAAAGUGAAGAGCACCAAGGACCGGGAGGAUGUGAAGAACGAGAUCAGCAUCAUGAACCAGCUCAGCCACGUGAACCUGAUCCAGCUCUACGACGCCUUUGAGAGCAAGAACAGCUUCACCCUCGUCAUGGAGUAUGUGAAUGGGGGUGAACUCUUCGACCGGAUCACGGAAGAGAAAUACAACCUGACGGAACUGGAUGUGGUCUUGUUCACCAAGCAGAUCUGCGAGGGCGUGCAUUACCUCCAUCAGCACUACGUCCUGCACUUGGACCUCAAGCCAGAGAACAUACUGUGUGUCAAUCAGACAGGACACCAAAUCAAGAUCAUUGACUUCGGGCUGGCCAGAAGAUACAAGCCUCGGGAGAAGCUGAAGGUGAACUUCGGCACUCCUGAGUUCCUGGCCCCGGAAGUCGUCAAUUAUGAGUUUGUCUCAUUCCCCACAGACAUGUGGAGCGUGGGAGUCAUCACCUACAUGCUACUCAGUGGUUUGUCCCCGUUUCUAGGGGAAACAGAUGCCGAGACCAUGAAUUUCAUUGUGAACUGUAGCUGGGAUUUUGAUGCCGACACCUUUGAAGGGCUGUCGGAGGAGGCCAAGGACUUUGUCUCCCGGUUGCUGGUCAAAGAGAAGAGCUGCAGAAUGAGUGCCACACAGUGCCUGAAACACGAGUGGUUGAAUAAUUUGCCUGCCAAAGCUUCAAAAUCGAAAGUUCGCCUCAAAUCCCAACUAUUGCUGCAGAAAUACAUGGCUCAAAGGAAGUGGAAGAAACACUUCUACGUGGUGACUGCUGCCAACAGGUUAAGGAAAUUUCCAACUUGUCCCUAAUCCUCAACUCUGCUGCUCCUGUGAGCCCAGAAAUUAUUGAGACUGGUGGUGAAGUCACGACUGAAGAUUUUUACUAAUACUGA